UGCAGAGCACAGCCAUCCAAAGCAGCAUGAGUACAGUGAAGCACCAACACAGCCCAGUAUGCAAAACAACACACAGCACAGUUAACCCUUUGAUUGCCCCUCAUGUUAACCCCUUCCUGCCCAGUGCCAUUAGUACAUGCUUUUUUUAGCACUGAUCACUGUAUUGGUGUCACUGGAGAUGUCAGUGACACCAAGUCAGUUCCCCCCAGUUUCAGAAUGCCCGCCGCAGUCCCGCUAUAAGUCGCUGAUCGCCGCCAGUACUAGUAAAAAUAAAAAUUCCAGUAUCUAUACCGCC